AUGCCGGCAACUCAUGUGGAGGCGGCCCUGACAAAUGGCCACGAUGCGCAUGUCCACUCGUCACCCGCUGCGAAGAAGGCCAAGGGAAAGAGGGGGAUGGAUUCGUCCGAAGCUUCGCGCCUCCUCCAGGCCCGUAUCUCGCAGCUGGAGCAGGACGCCGCUGGAGAGAAGGAUCAAGAGAUGGAGAUAGGUCAACUAACGUCCAUGUUUUCGCAAAUAGAAAGAGAAGUAAAGCGCGCCAAUCGGGAUCUUCUACAGCAGGUCUCUAAGAUGGACGACAUGCAGAAGAUUGAGCAUCUUAUGAGGCGCUCAAGCGAACUGUUAGCCGACAUGCGACGCCUAGAAAGAGAAAAUCAGAAGAACAAGAAACGCGGAGACGCUCUCCAGAAAGAACGGGAUGCUAGCCGAACAGAACUCAGCAAGACGGUGGGAUUAAAGGAGAAACUUGAAAAGCUGUGUAGGGAACUGCAAAGAGAUAACAACAAAAUGAAGAAUGAGAAUAAAGAGCUCCAGAGCACGCAGAAGCGAAAUAAUGCCGCCUGGGACGAAAAAUUCGCAAGCUUGUUAUCAAAGUUGGAGGGAUACCAAGAGGAAAAGGACACCCCAAAGAAACAAGUGGUGGACAUGGAAAUGGACGAAUUAUUCCGAGUUCGAUUCAAAUCCUUCAUUGAGCAGUACGAGUUGCGCGAGCUGCAUUUUCACUCUCUCAUGCGGACCAAAGAACUCGAAGUUCAGUACCAUUUAUCUCGCCAUGACAGGGAGAAGAAGAACGCCGAAGCCGAAACGAACAAAGCGCGCCAUUUGCAGAACCAGGUCGGAGCAUUCACCAAGACGGAGACGGAGCUUAGGAACCAGCUGAACGUAUACGUGGACAAAUUCAAACAGGUAUGUCAUGCAGCAUGCAUUGAAAUGGAGGAUAUGUCGAAAAAGGGCAAACGCUUGGAGAAGGAAAACGAGACGCUGAAGCGUCAGAAAGAGGCGACGACAGCGAACAUCAUCCAAUUGGCGGAAGAGCGGCAAGACUGGAAGCGGAAGAUUGAUGCCGCCGACAAAAAGAACGAGAAGCUCAUGAGCAUCAUCCAGCAGAUGCAGCAACAAGGGCGGAAAGUUCCACGGGAGACUGCCACCACGGUGGAGGCCAGCACAGUAGAAGUGUGUCCCCCGGAUAAUCAGGAGCAUGGAGCCGCAGAGGGCGAGGGCGAGGAAAGCGAAUAUUCCGAGGAGGAGGGCGAGGAGGAAGGGCUUAGUGAGUUCGAUGACGAUACUGAAGAGGAGCCCCAGCCGAGCGAUCAGGGACCCCCAGUGCCUUAUGGCCCGGAACGCCCGCCUCAGCCAACUACGAAUGGACGCUAG